AUGCAGGCGUUUGCAAACAACGCCAUUCUGUUUCCUCCAGAGCCUUCAGGAUUGCCAGAUAUGAUUAUUAAUUUUCCCGACCCCCGGUGUUUGGAAGCUGCACAGAGAACUGUCACAUGCAGCCAUGAGCCCAUCUCACCAGGAGAUCUCUCUAUUACAGAUAAACGGGGACACAGGAGAGCGGAAAAAUUAGAGAAAAUUAAGAGCUCCCCCACUGAGAAAAUGUGUUCCAACCUUGAAUGGGGGGAGCUGUGUGGAAAAGAGGCAGGGGAGCAAGCCCCGGGGGACUCCAGCGAUGCCGUGGUCGAAGUGUCCCUCAUCUCCGCCUCCAGCCUCUGUGGCCUGAACUCCGCCCGGUCCCUUGACCUGUCGGCUCCACCAUGGCUCCUAGCUCCCUCCUCUCCGUCGAGGCCCAGCAGUCCACAAGUUCCGCCUGGCUCUUUCGUCCCUCCGGCUCCGCCUUGGUCUGGCGUCGAUCAUCCUGUGCCUCGGGACUCCACUCCUCUGGCUUCGCCUGGUCCCUCCGGCCCUCCGGCUCCAUCCGGCUCCUUCAUCCACUCGGCUCCACCACAGUCCUCAGUCCACCUCAGUCGCAAUGGCUCCGCCGCGGCCUCCCGGACCUUCCCCAUCGGCCUGGCUCUUCUGCUCUCCAUCUCCACCUCAGGCUCAUUCACCACCUGCUCCGCCGCCAUUGGUUGGCCCUCUGGAGUUGGCGGCAAUUCCUCUUCCAUGGCUCCUCCUUCCGUCGGCUCCUCCGUGAAUCGACAUCAUGACUGUGGCAUGGGUCCAGCUGGACUCCUCCUGCUCCAAGCCCCUCCAGUCUUCUCCCUGUCUCCUCCCUCCAUCAUCUCAUCCAUGGACUCUGUCGGCCACCCCCCUCAUGGGUGUCCGUUCUCCACCGGAGCCUCCUCCUUGGUUCCAAACCAAUUCCCCCUCUCUGUUGUUCUAUGGAGCGAGGUCGCAGCUACUGGGAGUAAUGUCAUGCCCGUCUUCCGGUCUUUGCAUAUCUCCUCUGUCUGGCUGCAGGACAAGGUCCAGGAGACGAUUGAAUCUCUGCGACUGGCUGGGAUCAAGGUGUGGGUUUUGACCGGCGACAAGCAUGAGACGGCGGUCAGCGUGAGCCUCUCUUGUGGUCACUUCCAUCGCACCAUGAACAUCCUGGAGCUGGUGCAGCAGGAGUCAGACCGCAAGUGUGCCGAGCAGCUCCGCAGACUGGCACGCAGGAUCCGAGAGGAUCAUGUGAUCCAGCACGGGCUGGUCGUGGACGGGGUCAGCCUUUCCCUGACUCUGCGGGAACAUGAGAAACUCUUCAUGGAGGUGUGUAAGAACUGCUCAGCGGUGCUCUGCUGCAGGAUGGCACCUCUCCAAAAAGCCAAGGUGGUGAGACUGUUGAAGACUUCUCCUGAGAAGCCCAUCACAUUAGCCAUCGGAGACGGAGCCAACGACGUCAGUAUGAUCCAAGAGGCUCACGUCGGUAUCGGAAUCAUGGGCAAAGAAGGAAGACAAGCCGUAAGAAACAGCGACUAUGCAAUCGCCCGGUUCAAGUUCCUUGCCAAACUGCUGCUUGUGCACGGCCAUUUCUACUACAUUAGAAUAGCAACCCUUGUGCAGUACUUUUUCUACAAGAAUGUGUGCUUUAUCACUCCCCAGUUUUUAUACCAGUUCUUCUGUUUGUUCUCACAACAAACCCUUUAUGACAGCGUGUAUCUGACGCUGUAUAAUAUCUGCUUCACCUCUCUGCCCAUACUGGUGUACAGUCUGUUUGAGCAGCUGGUGCAUCCCCAUGUUCUGCAGAGCAAACCAGCUCUUUACAGAGACAUCAGUAAAAACUCCCUGCUGUCCUUCAAAACCUUCUUGUACUGGACCUUCCUGGGCUUCUGCCACGCCUUCCUCUUCUUCUUCGGGUCCUACAUCCUGAUGGGAGAAGACACCACGCUGAUGGGAAACGGCCAGAUUUUGCGAGCUAACAGGCAACUGAUGUUUGGAAACUGGACGUUUGGCACUUUAGUAUUCACGGUGAUGGUCAUUACGGUCACGCUGAAACUGGCCUUAGAGACACAUUUCUGGACGUGGAUGAACCACUUUGUCACAUGGGGCUCCAUCGCCUUCUACUUCAUCUUCUCCUUGUUUUAUGGCGGCAUCAUCUGGCCAUUUCUUCACACGCAGGACAUGUACUUCGUCUUUGUUCAGCUGCUGUCCAGUGGCUCAGCCUGGUUUGCCAUCUUCAUCAUCGUCAUCACCUGCCUGUUUCCUGAUGUCAUCAAGAAAGUCUUUUACAGGCACCUGCAGCCCACCAACACGCAGAAAUCUCAGUUUAUUGAGGACAACCAGGGCAUCGGAUGUGUGGACUCCAUGUGCUGUUUCUCAGAGGGGCAGAACUCCUGCUCACGGCUGGGCCGGCUGGUGGAGCGAAUGAUGGGCCGCUGUGACCCCGCUCGGGCCACCAGAUCUUUGAGUGACUCGGAAACCUUCUUUUCCAACGACCGGAGCAUCCUGACGCUCUCACCCAUGGAGGUCUCUCAUUGUUAAUGCACCAGCCCAAAAAGGAUCCGCUCGUAGAGUGUGGAGAUGUCUGACCUUUACCCCAUCCCCCUGCCCUUGUCCAGUCACCAGCCCGACUGUCACACUUUAGAUUCUCUGUUACUCAGAGGAUCAUGUCACAUGUGAUCAGCAACCAGGGACAGGCGGCGGCUCCUGCAAAAACCAAAGGAUUUGUGUGUCUUGAGUUUUCUGCUGCUAGCAAACCCACAGAACUAUACACAAAGAACCACCUUCUUUCCUGAGGAAAACGAGGGGGUCUUUUUGAAGCCAUAAUUUUCCCUUUUAAUUGCCUGAUUUUCAAGGUAUUAAAUGUGAGUGCCAUGUAGCGCUAGCUCACAAACCUGUAGCCUCCUAUCCUAAGAUGCCUACCUGUACACCCAGCCUGAGUUGUGGUUCGUACAGAAUUAUCAUGAUGCAAGAAUGUCGCGAUGGAGUACUUGAUUGAAAACUCACAUAUCAUCCUUGAACUCGAUCACUUUAAGCUCCAUCAGCCAUGUGCCUGCAUAUUAUUUCUUGUUUUCCUGUCUUGCGCAUGCUAUGUUGUCAUCUCUAACCAUUGUCACCGGUUAAUUUAUCAUUGUUGCUGUGUUCCGUGUUUUCUGCUUGUGUUGCUAACCACUUGUCAAAGCUGUUUUGUUUUGAUUAUUUUUUAAUUUGCGUGUGUAAGUGUGUGUGUAUUUAAUCACGUAUGAGGGCAUAGUCAGAGUAAAAGGAAUGAAAUUCAUCCUACAUGGGCCGUGGGAUAUUGUAAGGCCGGAGCAUUGAGACAACCGUUUUAAACUUGCUUAGAUCAACUAUAUGGAAGUUUAUGAUAUCAGACUGCAUGCUACACUUGGGUCAAUCUGUCUCAAUAACCGUGUAAAAGAGGACUACAUCAACUGGACCUAAAUGCUCCUGAUUUGAGGGGUCUAGUCUUGGGGUUUCUCUUCAUUUUUGAUGCAAAGAUCGUGAAGCCCUGGAUCUCAAAGGUAUCAGUUGAACUCUGGUGCCGUGACCCUGUGGCAGUUGGAAGUUUUUUUUUUUUUUUUUUUUAUGAAUUAUGGUUACGUUAUGAAUUGUGGUUUCCUCUAUUUUGGUACUUAUUCUAUCUAGUUUUUUAUGUGUAUAUCACUCUUUUCAUGUCAAAGUUCAAACCCAAAAUGACUCCUGACCGCUGAUCAUUACUAUUUCAUAUCUUGUGUUGAACGGCAGAGGUGCUUUGCUGUAUAAUGUAUUUUCUUGAAUUAUAUAGCAAUGCAGUAUGUCAUUUGUUACUCAGAGACAUUAGCAAUAAGACUCAGUCUAGACUGGAAAUACCUGAUCUAGCUGUGAUGUCAGUCAUCCAUUUUGCGGUUUCAUCUUUUUUGUGUAAACAUGUUCUUCUAAUUGUACUCUCCAUACAGUCAAUAUGUUUCAUUGCUGAUGUUUAUGAAAGUUCUGUUUACAGAAUAAAUAUCUUUAUAAAAUCUA